UCCGGAAGGAGGCCAUCGGGGCCGAAGCUGUCGCUAUGGCUGUGGCUGUGGCCACCGCGGGAAUCCUGAUGGCCUCGGAGCCAGGCCCUGCGGAGGAGCUCGCCAAACUCGAAUAUUUGUCUUUGGUAUCGAAGGUUUGCACGGAACUGGACAAUCACUUAGGGAUCAACGACAAGGAUCUAGCUGAAUUUGUGAUCAGUCUUGCUGAGAAAAAUACCACCUUUGAUACAUUUAAGUCUUCCCUUGUCAAAAAUGGAGCAGAAUUCACAGAUUCUCUUAUUAGUAAUCUACUUCGACUCAUACAAACUAUGCGCCCUCCAGCAAAGCCUUCUACUAGCAAAGAUCCAGUUAAACCCAAAACAGAAAAAGAAAAGCUGAAAGAACUCUUCCCGGUCCUUUGCCAGCCAGACAACCCAUCUGUUCGGACCAUGCUGGAUGAAGAUGAUGUGAAGGUUGCCGUGGAUGUCUUAAAGGAACUGGAAGCCUUAAUGCCCAGUGCAGCAGGCCAAGAGAAGCAGAGAGACACUGAACACCGGGACAGGACAAAGAAAAAGAAGCGGAGUCGGAGCCGGAGCCGAGAUCGAGACCGUGACCGUGACCGAGAGCGAGAGCGAGAUAGAGACCGAGACAGAGACAGAGAGCGAGACAGAGACCACAAGCGGAGAUACCGAUCCCGCUCUCGAUCACAUUCCAGGACCCGAGAGAGAAAUAAAGGGAAGUCUAGAUAUCGGUCCAGGAGCAAGAGUCACAGCCCCCUCAAAGACCGAAAGGACAGGGAUAAGUAUGGAGAGAGAAAUCUGGACAGAUGGCGGGAUAAGCAUGUGGACCGCCCUCCCCCUGAGGAGCCUGCCAUCGGGGACAUUUACAAUGGCAAAGUUACCAGCAUCAUGCAGUUUGGAUGCUUUGUACAGCUGGAGGGACUAAGGAAGCGGUGGGAAGGCCUGGUGCAUAUCUCUGAGCUUCGGCGGGAAGGCCGUGUGGCCAAUGUUGCUGAUGUAGUGAGCAAAGGCCAGAGAGUCAAAGUCAAAGUGCUGUCCUUCACUGGGACCAAGACCAGCUUGAGCAUGAAGGAUGUAGAUCAAGAGACGGGAGAAGAUCUAAACCCAAAUCGACGGCGAAAUCUGGUUGGGGAGACCAAUGAGGAGACUUCAAUGCGGAAUCCGGACAGACCCACUCACCUCUCCCUUGUCAGUGCCCCCGAAGUAGAGGAUGACUCUCUGGAGCGCAAGCGCCUCACCCGCAUCUCUGACCCAGAGAAGUGGGAGAUCAAACAGAUGAUUGCUGCCAAUGUCCUUUCCAAAGAAGAGUUUCCAGACUUUGAUGAAGAGACUGGCAUCCUUCCUAAGGUGGAUGAUGAUGAAGAUGAGGACCUUGAGAUUGAACUGGUUGAGGAAGAGCCUCCAUUCCUGAGAGGUCACACCAAGCAAAGCAUGGACAUGAGCCCCAUCAAAAUUGUUAAGAACCCAGAUGGUUCCCUCUCCCAGGCUGCCAUGAUGCAGAGUGCUUUGGCCAAGGAAAGGCGGGAACUCAAGCAAGCCCAGCGGGAAGCGGAGAUGGAUUCUAUUCCCAUGGGACUCAACAAACACUGGGUUGAUCCUUUGCCUGAUGCGGAAGGCAGGCAGAUUGCUGCCAACAUGAGGGGUAUUGGAAUGAUGCCCAAUGACAUUCCCGAGUGGAAGAAGCAUGCCUUUGGGGGCAACAAAGCUUCUUACGGGAAAAAGACCCAGAUGUCCAUCCUCGAGCAGAGGGAGAGCCUGCCCAUCUAUAAACUGAAGGAGCAGCUGGUCCAGGCUGUUCAUGACAAUCAGAUCCUAAUUGUUAUUGGAGAGACAGGAUCUGGGAAGACAACGCAGAUUACCCAGUACCUAGCAGAGGCAGGCUACACUUCCAGAGGCAAGAUUGGGUGUACACAGCCAAGAAGAGUGGCAGCCAUGUCCGUGGCCAAAAGAGUAUCAGAGGAAUUUGGUUGUUGUUUAGGUCAAGAGGUGGGCUAUACCAUUCGAUUUGAGGACUGCACCAGUCCCGAGACAGUCAUCAAGUACAUGACAGAUGGCAUGUUGCUCAGGGAAUGCCUGAUUGACCCUGACCUCACUCAGUACGCCAUCAUCAUGUUGGACGAGGCCCAUGAAAGAACAAUUCACACAGACGUGCUUUUUGGGUUGCUGAAAAAGACAGUUCAGAAACGGCAGGACAUGAAGCUGAUUGUCACUUCAGCUACCUUGGAUGCAGUGAAGUUUUCUCAGUACUUCUAUGAAGCACCCAUCUUCACCAUCCCAGGCCGAACUUACCCAGUGGAAAUACUGUACACAAAGGAACCUGAGACAGAUUACCUGGAUGCCAGCCUCAUUACUGUCAUGCAGAUCCACUUAACUGAGCCACCAGGUGAUAUUUUGGUCUUCCUGACUGGUCAGGAAGAGAUUGAUACUGCUUGUGAGAUCCUAUAUGAAAGAAUGAAAUCCUUGGGACCUGAUGUUCCAGAGUUAAUUAUCCUUCCGGUGUACUCUGCUCUUCCCAGUGAGAUGCAGACCCGGAUCUUUGACCCAGCUCCUCCUGGCAGCAGAAAGGUCGUGAUUGCCACCAACAUUGCAGAAACAUCACUGACUAUCGAUGGCAUCUACUAUGUGGUGGACCCUGGGUUUGUGAAGCAGAAAGUUUACAAUUCUAAGACAGGGAUUGACCAGCUGGUGGUGACGCCUAUUUCUCAGGCUCAGGCUAAGCAACGAGCUGGCAGAGCUGGGAGAACCGGCCCAGGGAAGUGUUACAGGCUGUACACAGAACGUGCCUACCGAGAUGAAAUGCUGACCACCAACGUGCCAGAAAUUCAGAGAACCAACUUGGCAAGCACUGUACUGUCCCUCAAGAUGGCAGAGUUCCCUCUAGAACCAAUGCUGUGCAAAAUGCUCAUCAUGUCUGUACAUCUGGGCUGCAGUGAAGAAAUGCUGACCAUUGUGUCCAUGCUGUCAGUGCAGAAUGUCUUUUACAGGCCCAAGGAUAAGCAAGCCCUCGCAGAUCAGAAGAAGGCCAAAUUCCACCAGACUGAAGGGGACCAUCUCACCCUUCUGGCUGUGUACAACUCCUGGAAAAACAACAAGUUCUCCAACCCAUGGUGCUACGAGAACUUUAUCCAGGCCCGUUCCCUGCGCCGGGCCCAGGACAUCCGUAAGCAGAUGUUAGGCAUAAUGGACAGACACAAGCUGGAUGUGGUGUCCUGUGGCAAGUCCACAGUCCGAGUGCAGAAGGCCAUCUGCAGUGGGUUCUUCCGUAAUGCUGCCAAGAAAGACCCGCAGGAGGGCUAUAGGACCCUGAUCGACCAGCAGGUGGUUUACAUCCACCCUUCCAGUGCGCUCUUCAACAGACAGCCAGAAUGGGUGGUGUAUCAUGAACUGGUGCUGACCACAAAGGAGUACAUGCGUGAAGUUACCACCAUUGACCCCCGGUGGCUCGUGGAGUUUGCCCCAGCCUUCUUCAAGGUCUCUGAUCCAACCAAGCUAAGCAAGCAGAAGAAGCAGCAGAGACUCGAACCCCUAUACAACCGCUACGAGGAGCCAAAUGCCUGGAGAAUAUCCCGGGCCUUCCGGCGACGCUGAGAGGCAAGCUUGUCCACUUGCCCAUCCUGCAACAUGGCCAGGGCUUAGCCUUCCUCUUGCUGAUGAGAAGCUGAUAUGGAACAUACAGCUGUCUUGUGACUGCACGUCUUAAUGGCAAUUUCUUACACGUGACUCUUCUUCCCUGGUGUAAGCCUGGCUUUGACCAUAGCCUCCAGCCCACCCAAGUUUUGGGGCUACUUGGGUCUCACAGCCAGCCUGGGGACACAUUACAUCAUCCUCAAGAAAGGGGCAGCUUGUGCAUCCUUGGGAUAGAAAAGGGGAGUAAGCAAGUGUGUUACACAUGACAGACCAAUGAGGACCCUGAUGUCUCCCAGUUGGUGCCCCCUGGAGGAGAGAACCACAGUGCUUGUUCCAGUGGGGGCUCAUUUCCUGCCCAUCAUUUCCUGCCCAUCCUUUAGCUUAACCUAGAUUUACUUAUUUUUUCAAGGAAACAAGAAUGUGAUUCUUUCUGUUUCUUUUUGCUGAAAGGUUAGCAUCUCAGCUUGGAAUCGGGGUGAGGAGAAACCCCUGAAACCAGAGUCUAACCCAUGGGUUUUGACAUGAUGCCCGGAGUAGACCUUUCAGCCCUGGAGGAGCAAGCCCAGCCCUGCCAGUCGAUGUGCCACAGUUUCAGUCUGGCACCUGAUGGUUUAGAUGCCACGUGUGAACACAGAGGAUCUCCCCUCCCCUCUCACCAUGUAUAUUGUGCCUCAUUUCUUUUUGAAACAUCCAGUUAACACACCCUGCA